AGACCCAGCAGCCCCCACCACCCCUGAACAACAUGGCCGACAAGGACAAGACCUGCAGCCCUGGCUGGGGUGAACAGUACGGAGGUCCCCAGAAGAUGGAGUCAGGAACGUGGUGUGAGCCGUCAGGCCCCCCUGUCUCUGUGGACAACGGGACAUCGGCCUGGGGGAAACCCAUGGACACCAGCUCCACCUGGGAGGAGCUGGGACACAGAGGGGACAGAGACAGAGGGGACAACUCUGGGACGGGAGGCUGGGAAGGACCUGGACCACAGAACCACCACAAACCUGGUCCCAAGCCCAUGCACCAGCAGGAGAGUAAUACCUGGUGUGGUGAGGAGGUGUCGUGCCAGUCCAGUUGGGAACCAGAGGAGGAGGUGGAGAUCGGGAUGUGGAGCAACGCCCCAAGUCACCGAGACCGGGAGAGAGACGGUCACAGAGAGAACCACAGAGACCGGGAGAGAGACGGCCACGGUCAGGACAACAGGAACAAUGGGCCCCAGCAACACAGCUGGAACUACAUGAAGAAAAUCCCUCCUAAGAUGAACAAAUCAGUGAACAAGCAGGAGGAUGCCUGGAUGACCCAGUUUGUUAAACAGUUCAACAACAUGAACUACGUUAGGGACUCUCCUGAAGACUUGUCGAAGAGCAAUAAGAUGGAGAUGGGAGGAGGGAUGAUGUCAGACAAGCGUAUGGAUGUGAACAUGGGAGAGUACAGUGGAGUGAUGGGGAAAAACCCUGCCUCCAGGCACCAGAUUCACAAAGAGCCUUCCAUGGAGAGAAGCCCUUACUACGACAAGCUCUCCCUGCCGCUCUCUGCUUACGAUAGAUCCGCCUCGGAGGAGCUCUCCUCCAAUCACGGCAUGAGCUUUUCCCCCUCCCACUCUGCUCAGCCUAUCCCCUCUCUCUGCUCAGGGCAGGCUCCCACCCCCUCUGUCUCUGAGGCUGGUAGGCAGAAUGUAAAUUCCAUGUACGGCAGCAGUGUAGCCCCGUCUCAUAACGCUCCCCAGCCCCUCAACUCAGCCCAGAACAAUCUCCGUAACCAAGUGCCUCCACCCGUCCUGUCCUCUCAGGUCCCUCCCUCUCUACUGAAGUACCCUCCCAGUGCAGGAGGUCUGAACCUGUUUGGUCCACAGCAGGUCGCUGUUCUCAACCAGCUGUCUCAGCUCAACCAGCUGUCUCAACUCAACCAGCUUAACCAGUUACAGCGUCUCCUCCUCCAGUCGCAGCAGCAGCAGAGGACCAUGCCUGGUGGACAGCAGCAGAAUCACAGACCCAUCCCUGGUGGACACCAGCAGCAACAGGGCCGUCCUAUUGGUUCGUCCCAGUCGAUGAUGCAGCCUCCGCAUCACCUUGACCCCUCCCUCCUGAAGCAGAACCCCGCCCACCAGCCCCAUAAGUCCUACAUGGACAACUACAUGCCCCAGAAUGCAUCUGAGCUGCAGAAGGAGCCCAACUCCAUGGGCUCUUUUACCAACUUCCCUUUAGGCUUGACCUCUAACCUGAAUGUAGGCCUGGACAUGGGGUCUGGUGUGGGCUGUAAGGAGCCUCAGUCUCGUCUGAAGAAAUGGACGGCCAUGGACGUUAACUCGCCUCUGGAGCGAAAACCUGGUGCCAUGUCGUCUGGGCUGCGUCUGGAAGAUUCUCCCUUCGGUCCGUACGACUUCCUGUCUGCUGGCUCCGCCCCCCUCAACUCUCCCGGCCAAUCAAUGGGCUCGGUGGGCGACAGCUGGCCCCCUCGUGCCAAAUCCCCCCAUGGAAACACAAACGUUACCUGGCCCCCAGAGUUCCGGCCCGGGGAGCCAUGGAAAGGUUACCCCAACAUCGACCCUGAGACUGACCCUUUCGUGACCCCUGGUAGUGUCAUCAACAACCUCUCCAUCAAUACCGUCCGCCACGCAGACCCCCUCAGAGACCUGCCAGGACCAUCCUCAUCUCUGAACACCACGAUGCCUUCUAACAGUGCCUGGUCAUCUAGUCGUGCCUCCAGCCACAGUGGUUCACUCACCAGUACGACCCAAAGCAUUACAGCCAGGUCCGGUGAGUCUAAAUGGUCCCCAGGAGGGUGUAACUCGUCUCUGGCCCAUGAGCUGUGGAAGGUCCCUCUGCCUCCUAAAGGUCUUUCAGCUCCUUCCCGCCCUCCUCCCGGUCUCACCAGCCACCCACAGAAACCCCUUCCAUCCUGGGGGGAAGCUCCUCUACGCUUGGGGGGCUGGGGGUCCUCUGACUCCAGAUACACACCUGGUUGUAGUUGGAGUGACGGUAGCAGCAGCUCAGGGAGAACCAACUGGCUCGUUCUCAAGAAUCUCACAACUCAGAUGGAUGGUUCUACUCUGAGGACUCUCUGUAUGCAGCACGGUCCUCUGAUUACAUUCCACCUCAACCUGCCGCACGGCAAUGCUGUGGUAUGUUACAGCUCCAAGGACGAGGCAGCCAAGGCACAGAAGAGUCUGCACAUGUGCGUACUAGGGAACACUACCAUCCUGGCUGAGUUUGCCAGUGAGGAGGAAAUCAACCGUUUCUUUGCACAAGGUCAGUCAUUGGCCGCUGCCUCCCCGGGCUGGCAGGCCAUUGGCUCCUCUCAGAGCCGAAUGGGCGGAGCCUUGGAGGGUUCCCACCCCUUCCCCAGCCGCGCCCCGGAGCCCAGUCAGUGGAACGUCAGCGACCUCCACAGCUCCUCCCUUUGGGGCGGGUUGAACUAUUCCACUAGCCUAUGGGGCGCCAGCGAGGGCGGGAGGAUCAACAGCCCUUCUCCAAUCAGCUCCUUCCUCCCCGUGGAUCACCUGACAGGGGGCGGGGACUCCAUGUAAAAGCCCGCCUCAGUCGAGCGUCAGUCAAACGCUGGACAGCGUGACGACAGACGGAAUAGUCUAGAAUCGUUACCGCCACAGUCUCAAACACAAAGACAAAAAAAAGACUCGGUAAAUAAUACAAUGUAACUAGUUGGUCUCCUUCUCACUUACAAAUAUACAGGAGGGGGGGUCACCCU